CCUACCAUCUUGAUCAUCCCUUAUCAUCAUUAUCAUCAUUCCUUGCUCACUUGCACGUUCGCCUGUUAAAUCGCUCAGAUCAAAUAUUUUUCAUUCUGUUCACUUCGCCAUCAUCCGAUCCGGAUGAUAUACUCAUAAGCUGCUGUUUACAUCAACAGUUUUUUUCCCAAUCAUUUGUGACUCUUCAUUCAGUGUUGUUCAAUUGCUCUAUCGACCAUCAUGAUAAAUUUUAAACCAUUGCUGACUUUAAUUUCAACUUUACUCAUUAUUCAUCAAUGUCAGUCAAUCUCCAUCAAAAAGCGUCAAAUUGAAAAUGAGAAUGAAGCCGAACUGUGCAGAGGUCGACCUCCUUCGGAAUACUUUCGUUUAACUACUGAUGAUGACUGUCGGGAUGUUGUCCGUUGUUCAGUUCAAGGUUUAUUGGCUUUAAGGUGUCCCUCUGGUCUUGCCUUUGAUAUUGAAAGGCAAACAUGUGAUUGGAAAUCAAAUGUUAAAAAUUGUGGACAAUUAGAAAAGCCACGAUUAGCAACACCUCUUCUUGCCACCGAUACACCAUUCUGUACUAAAGAAGGAAUGCUGGCUUGUGGAGACAAGAAUUGUAUUGAGAAGGAAAAAUUCUGUGAUGGAACGCCAGAUUGUGCGGAUGGAUCUGAUGAAAAUGCUUGUACUGUCGACAAAGAUCCAAACCGAGCACCACCCUGUGACCAGAGUCAAUGUGUCCUUCCUGAUUGCUUUUGCUCAGCUGAUGGAACUCAAAUUCCUGCUCGUCUUGAGCCUGCCAACACACCUCAAAUGGUUAUGAUUACCUUCGAUGGAGCCAUCAAUAAUAAUAACAUUGAUGUGUACGAGAAAUUGUUUAAGGAAGGACGAAACAAUCCAAAUGGAUGUUCCAUCAAGAGCACCUUCUUUGUCUCACAUAAAUAUACCAAUUACUCGGCAGUCCAGGAAGUUCACCGAAGAGGUCAUGAAAUUUCUGCUCAUUCAAUCACCCACAAGAAUGAUGAAAAAUAUUGGAGUGAAGCUUCAGUUGAAACAUGGGCUAAAGAAAUGGCUGGUGUCAGGUUGAUCAUUGAAAAGUUUGCCAACAUUACUGAUAACUCAAUUGUUGGUGUCCGAGCUCCAUACUUGAGAGUUGGUGGAAACAAUCAAUUCUUCAUGAUGGAAGAACAAGCUUUCCUUUAUGAUUCCUCAAUCACGGCUCCUCUCUCCAAUCCACCUCUUUGGCCUUACACUUUGUACUUCAGAAUGCCACACAAGUGUCACGGCAAUGGUCAAAAUUGUCCAACACGUUCCCACGCAGUCUGGGAAAUGGUAAUGAAUGAGCUUGAUCGUCGAGAUGAUCCCAAAUUUGAUGAAGAACUGUCUGGAUGUUCUAUGAUUGAUUCUUGCACCAACAUUAUCUCCGGUGAACAGUUCUACAAUUUCUUGAAUCACAACUUUGAUCGUCAUUACAAGACUAAUCGAGCUCCACUUGGUCUCUUCUUCCAUGCUUCAUGGUUGAAAACAACACCCGAGUAUCUUGACGCUUUCAUCCAAUGGAUUGAUGAAAUGUUGGAGAAGAAAGAUGUUUACUUUGUCACAAUGACCCAAGUCCUUCAAUGGAUGCAAUCUCCAACUGAAAUUCAAAAGAUUAACGAUUUUGCUCCAUGGAAGGAAAAGUGUGAGGUUAAAGGUUUACCUUACUGUAGUCUGCCAAAUCAAUGUGCACUCACCUCUAGGGAACUUCCUGGUGAAACUAUUCGUUUACAUACAUGUGCUGAAUGUCCACAAAACUAUCCCUGGGUUGAAGAUCCAACAGGAGAUUAUUUUGCUUUUAGGAAAAAAUAACUUUACCAAGCGAUAAAUAAACCUAAAUAAUUUAUCAUAACUCACCUUAAAAUGAAUCGCAUCUCAGAUCAAAAGCAACAAAAACAGCAAGUUGCUCAUAAUUUUAUUUUUUUAACAACAGCACCGUCAAACUAAUCACUCUGAUGAUGGUAAAAUCAUAAAUACAUUGUAAGACCAUCAUAAAUUAAAUCCUUACUUAAUUCAAUUAAAAAACGAAAAAAAAUGAA